UUUUACAGAGGGCUGCUUUAAACUACGUCGUAUUCGAAGACUUUUUGGGCUCAAACCAACUAAAUGGUCCAAAAUUAAGCGAUCAAAUGGGUCCAGGCAAAACGAAGUCGUUUUGACAUUUUAAACUAUUUGGAAAGACAACCUGGGAAACCAGACGCCGGAUUCUUUCUUUCCUGCAAUUUGACGACCCUCUGCUUCAAGCAAGCACCCAACCCAACAUUCCACCGGCUAUGGACAACCGAAACGUCAUCGUAUGCGACAACGGCACCGGCUACGUAAAAUGUGAUUUCGCCGGAGAAAAUUUCCCGACAUCGGUGUUCCCAUGCGUGGUCGGGAGACCUAUGCUACGGUACGAGGAAUCUCUCGUGGAACAAGAGUUGAAGGAUAAUGUUGUUGGAGAAGCAUGUGCUGCUUUGAGACAUCAAUUGGAUAUAUCAUAUCCAGUUAACAAUGGAAUUGUGCAGAAUUGGGAUGAUAUGUGUCAUGUUUGGGAUCAUGCGUUUUUCAAUGAACUAAAGAUUAAUCCAACAGAAUGUAAGAUAUUACUUACUGAUCCGCCUCUUAAUCCCUCAAAAAACCGCGAAAAAAUGGUUGAGACCAUGUUUGAAAAAUACAACUUUUCUGGUGUCUUUAUUCGAAUCCAGGCUGUUUUAACUCUGUAUGCUCAAGGUGCCUAUGGGGAUAAUUGAAGGUUUAAUUCUUUUUAUAUGCAUGUG